UGCUCAUCUCGUGAAAUGCUCAUUCAGUCUUUAGACAAUAAUCUGGCUGGUGAGGAGGUUACGCUGGUAACUACAUAUCUUUGAUAUUUCUUUUACUUUAUUUUGACGACGAAAUCGGCGUCUCGUCUUUAAGCCAAAACAAGUUGGCACUGAGGCCCACGGAGUUGAUCGCAGGUCAAAAACAGAAUGUGAAGAUGUUUAUAACAGUGUUGUAUGGUGACUACCAGUCGUUGCUCUGCAAUCCUAGCUGUAGUGUUAUCAAUUUACUUGAUAAUAUCAAGGAAAGAUGUGGUUUUGGAGAGAUGAAUAAAGAGCUUGACUUGACCGACGAAACAGGUCUUGUUCUAGAGCUGACAGACCACAAGAAAGACGACGCAUCAAAGUACCUGACCAUCAAGGGCGAAUACAUACUAGUAGAGAAGAGAGUGAUUUCAAUCCCCUCCACUGAUCCAAACGAGUCAAGUCCACAACAAGAAAUUACAUACAUCCCUUUACUUAAGAGACUAAGCGAGAAGUUUCCUCACUAUGAGGCAAGAGUUGCGCAGAAAAUUCCUAGUCCGGGAAUAUUGAAUUCUGGAAAGACGAAAUCGAAGCGAGGACGACGACGAAAAGGAAAUGUGGAUUAAUUUUUGAAAUGCUCAUUAAAUUGGUACAUGCAUGUAAAAAGACUAAAAAACUUCACCGGCACGUGAGGUGUUUAGACACAUAGCUUAGUAUAUCUUACCGGCACAAAAAGCGAGGAAGCCGGGCUUGAAUAUGAUUUUGACAGUGGACUAAUUCGACGAUACGGUGGCUAUCUUGGAUUGCAAGGCAAUACGGGGCGUUCAGGGGGCACACAGAACUUUGUUACAGUAAAAGCUCACCACAAGAGAAUACGGUAAAAGAUGAAUUAAGACGGCACAUCGAUCACCUUUACCCAUAAAAGAAUGACAAACACACGAAGCUUUAUAUAUUUUUCGUCAUCUGUUUUUAGUUUUACCCCUGGCAAGAUGGCCGCCGUAUCGUCGAAGCGGUCCCUUCGAAGAUAUGAAAUGGGAAGUUUACACUAGCCAGAUACAGUAAAUGGCAAAAAGGAAUCCCAGUACAUACACUAUAAAUAGAAAAGACAGUUUUUGAUUGCGUUCCACCACUGAAGAUGUGUUGUGCCAUCUUCGAUAAAGUGCCAGCCAACUCUAUUUAUUGUUAGUUAGAAAAUUAUACUUUUCUCAACUAUAUUUAAGAAAUUAGAGUUUUUCCCCUGUUAUAAAAGUAAUAUCAAUUAAUAUGGACUUUUAUAGUAAACCUCUUUAGAAUAAGUAAAUGAAAAUAUAUUUGUUUUUGCA